CAAUGUAAAUGACUUUGUCUGCAUUGUUGUACAAAUUAACUACAACUUUAGUGUUUUUACUGCAACAGAAUAUUAAUAAUUUUGAUUUUAUUCAGUUGAGGAAAUCCAAAGACCUGCUGGUUAAUUAAGCCAUUUUAAAACCCGUUGGCUGGGCUGCUUGGUUCCUCACUUUUGUUUGUUACAAAUGUAAUAAUGCAUGUUUGUUCCAAGUGAAAGUCUGUUUUUCUGCCCUCACUAUAAUAAAGGAACAUAUUGAACAAAUACAGCAAACUAAACACAAUUCAAAGUAAGUUUGAUGACGCAGUUAGCCUUGGAGGUUUUAAUUUAAAGUCAAUGCUUGUGAUAACAAUCAGACGAAAGAUAGAUAAUAACAUACUAGUGGCGCUGUAAGUUUGUGCUGUUAAUUGAAUUCUAACAUCAGCGUGCUAACAUGCUCAUGCUGACAGUCCUAACAUGUUAAUGAUAAUCAGGUGUAAUGUCUGUUUAGCAAGUUCACCUUUUUAGUUUCGUCACAUGAUGGUGCUGUAAUAGAGGAAAGGUCAAAAGAUCACCAAGUUAUUACAAUCAAUCACGAGGAGAACAUAAAUGUCUGUACAAAAUAUCACCUCAGAGCAGUCAAAAAAUGUCACUUAAAACCAUAAAAUUCAACCUCUUGGUGGCUCUGGAGGAAAAUUCAGGAGAUUGUCAAAGAUUGUCUGAGAACCUUGUUUGUCUGGACCAAAUUUAAUGGCAAUGUAUACUCUGGCACAGAGAAACAGACUCCUGCAGUGUGCAUCAAGAAUCUCUCAAGAAGUGUAGGCAUGUUUCAACUGCUUGUAUGGGGGCGGAGUUAGAACCAUGUUCAUUUGCAUAUCAAUAGAAUCUGGUAUAUUUAAUGAGGCAAAGUUGUUGAGUUACAACCAAUCCAUUUUAAAGACAUGUAGGGAUUUUUCAUGGUAAAAGACUCCAAAAUAUAUAUUUGUGAGGAGCAGAGAUGACUUUUCAGGGGUUUCAUUAAUGCCAGGAGAGGGACUUCUUUUUGCAUCUGACAGUGCCUUUAGUGGACAAUCUGCACCUAUACCUGUAUUUACUACUUUUAAGAUAAAAGUUUCAAAUAAUGAAAGUGUUUGAACUAUAAAUAAACAUUUUAAAAUGUGUGUGUAAGUGGUAAGCCUUAGUGGGUAUAGAGUUUAAUCUGCCAGGGUUUAGAAACAGUAAGGUUGACCACAUCCUGUAGUCAAAGUUGUAGACUGUGGUAGCUGCACAACUUUGAGCUGAUGGUACGCUUGACAAAUAACUCACCUGAAACAAUGACUUUUAUUACAUGUUAACAGAGAUCCAUCUAAUUUCAUUCCUUAUGCUCAAUAUGAAAGGUCAUUUUUAAUGCAAGCCUCACAAAGUCUGAUUAUUAUUGUACUGAAUGUUUUCCUUAUGUUUUGAUUUAAUUAUUACAUGUAAAAUUAGGGGUGACCUCUUAGUAUCAAUGCAUUUCAAAUGAGUUAUUCUGUCUCCAGUGACAAUCCACACAUCUAGUUUAUUUAAUGUACACACACUGGCUAAACAUGAUUGAAAAACUUUGCAUUAAAUGUAACUGUUUACAUCAACCUAAUGUGAUAGAAAUAGCUGUAGAAUGUUAAUGUCCUGUCAUCAUGCUUGAGUCAUCAGCAUAGUGGUAGCAGCUACAACAGGCUAAGAAUUUCACCACAGGAUGUGAUAAACACUGGCAAAUAAGAGAUAAGACUGCUAGAGGUUUCAUGGUGCCUACCUCUUACAGACAAAUCUUAUAGACUCUGCAUCGAUUCGCAAACCAGCUGACUUGCAUAAUUUCCUGAAUGUUGUAAUGUGACAAUUUUAAAUGUAAUAUGUAGAGGCAUGGGCUUACAACAGGAAGUCUUCUCGAUAGUACUCAUGUGCUGAUUCAUUUUUUUAUUUGAUGAGAAGACCAAAACAUUCACCAAGAGAAGAAACUGUUGUUCUGCUGUCCAGAAGACGAUGAAUAAAACUGCUUGUCCUGAUGUCAGCUUUGACUUCACCAGCAGAUUCCUGCUUCCUGUUUACAUCUUAGUGUUCAUCAUUGGUCUGGUGGCUAAUGGAUGUGGACUGAAGUCUUUGCAGCACAACUGGACGAAGCUGGGUAACGUCAACGUGUUUGUUCUCAGCCUUGGACUUACAGAUGUUUUGUACCUGCUCACACUCCCAUUUUUGGUGGUGUACUACUUCAUGAAGAGUAAAUGGAUCUUUGGAGAAACAUUCUGCAAGAUAACAAGAUUCUGCUUCAAUGUGAAUCUAUACGGCAGCAUUGGAUUCCUGACUUGUAUAAGUGUGUACAGAUACCUGGCCAUUGUUCAUCCAAUGAGAGCGAUGGGAAGAAUAACUGUCACCCGUUCUGUGAUGAUCUUGGUCACAGUCUGGCUGUUGGUGAGUGUUCAAAGUCUUCCAGACAUGUUCUUCCCCAAGACAUUUAGAAACAACACUGAAAAAUGCUUCGAUACCACGGAUAACGACCACGUUGAGGAUUACCUGAAAUACACUCUUGGAUGGACCCUCACUGGGUUUUGUAUCCCGUUACUCAUCACACUGGGCUGCUACGGACAUGUGAUUGUUGUUCUCUGCAGCACAAAUACUAUUGACAAGGUACUGAAACAGAGAAGUUUAAAGUUGAUGUUCAUCUUGAUUCUUCUCUUUUCUGUCUGUUACAUCCCCUAUCAUGUAUUCAGAAACCUCAACCUCUUGGCAAGAGUUCUUACCAAACAGGGGAUAUGCUAUAAAUGGUAUAACGGAGUCUACAUUGCUCGUCAGAUAAGUCGUGUCCUUGUGUGUCUGAACAGUGCUCUCAACCCUCUGGUUUACCUCCAUGCACAUGAAAACAUUUGUGCUCAGCUCAGACAACUGAUCCAGCAAGCUCAUCAGGCUGUCAUGCGGCCGUCCGUCCCCCCUACUCAAUUUUCCCUGGUGCGAAAUGUCUGACAUGAGAAUGAAACUGAACAAUUGCACUUCAUCAUCUUGCUGUAGGAUGUAUGUCCUCAUCAUUUUGCUGUAAACCUGCUCCAAAAGCUGAGAUUAAAAGUACAAGUCAUUCAAAUAAUUCUGAAAAUGUAUGUUUUCUUUUAGAGAGAAUACGACCAGAUAUUGUGGACAACAGGCUCAGUAAACACCCUAAAAGAGGAAGUGUGUGAAUGUGUUUGAAUAAACAGGAUGCAAAAUUGUACUGUGACAGCAACAC